GCCGAGGGCGCCGAGCCUGAAAAAAAAUGUAAACAUUCUCAGCUGAAAUCUGCGAAAAUUUAAUUUAAGGCGAAACGUUUGCAUUUUUAGCUCAAAAGAAGCCAAUAACGCCUAGUUUAAAAUGACUAUAUCUGUGAAGGAGUUGUCAACGUUGCUGGGGAUUCUCAGCGAGCAGAAUUGCGAAAGUCAAUCCCUGGAAACACUGAGCAACCAGGUGCUGCAAAGUUUCAAUAAGCAGGACUUUUUUAAAGUUGGCUGUACCAUAGUAUUGCUGCUCCAACAGUCAGACCUACUCUUAAAAAAUGCACAAAGAAUUGCUGCAAUUUCGGUUUUGCAUACUCUUUAUAAAGGCGAAUCAAUAUCGAUGAAUCCUUUCGCAGCUGUGUUUGUACACCUUUUAGAUUCUACUGCUCCCGAACCAGGAUCUGAAAUAGGACUAGCCGGAGAGCUGCCGACUUUGUCGCCCGUCGAAAAGGCUUUUGUAGCGCAACUAUUAACUGGCCCAAACAAAGAUCUGCUGAAAAAGACAGCAGAGCAAGUGUCUGCCAGCGACGAAUCUUCCUAUCACAUGGGUGACCUUUCUGGGGUGCAAUUAGCUCUAGCAGAGCGACAGUCCCAGCUUUCCCAUUCCAGUAGGUCUGCAAUUCCGGUCAUUUUAAGUGUAGGAAGCACCAGCAAAAAUGAAGAAGGCGUUACUGUAAAGAAAGUUGCGGAACAACUUUUGACGGGCCCAAAUGCUCCUGUUGAGCAAUGUUAUAAACCAGAAUUUCUUCGGCUACUUCCUCCGCUGCACAAAUGCGAUAGUGAACUUGUCUGGCUCUUUCCGUCUCAGCCUACAGAGCACACAGUGGCCUACGACUCUUCUCUUUGUGUGACGACUUCGAGCGAUGCUGAAGCCAGAAGAUUAAUGGCCAGGGCCUUCAAAAGCGCCCUGACCCUUCAGCAGCAGCAACUAUUUUUGGCCGAACUUGAGCGGGACCCGAGUCUGGUUUACCAUGUUGGUUUGACACCCAACAAACUUCCUUUGCUGGUGGAAAACAAUCCACUUAUUGCUAUAGAGGUUUUGCUGCGGCUAAUGCAGAGCAGCCAAAUAACGGAAUAUUUCAGCGUUUUAGUCAACAUGGAAAUGUCAUUGCACUCGAUGGAGGUUGUUAACAGACUGACUACGACGGUGGAUUUGCCGACCGAAUUUGUCCACCUUUACAUCAGUAAUUGCAUUUCGACAUGCGAAACCAUAAAGGACCGGUACAUGCAGAAUCGUUUGGUGCGGCUGGUCUGCGUGUUUCUGCAGUCGCUGAUAAGGAAUCGCAUUAUAAAUGUACAGGAGCUCUUUAUUGAAGUUCAAGCUUUCUGCAUUGAGUUCUCAAGAAUUCGAGAAGCGGCUGCCCUGUUUAGGCUGCUCAAGCAACUUGACUCCGGCGUGGUCGAAACAACCCAAGGCGCAACGUCACCUGUCAACACCACCACCACUACAACGGCCUCCUCUGGGUCACCAAGCAACUCUUCAAAAUAAUUAUUAUUGUUUAUUUGCCAUUAUUAAUAAAAUUAUUAUUAUUCGAGUCUAUGAAAAUUACAAAAAUU